AUGUUGUCCCAAAUAGCUCGUAUCUUUGACCCACUCGGGUGGCUUGCACCAGUCAUAGUCAUCGCUAAACAUCUGAUACAGCUACUUUGGUCGUGCAACGUGCAUUGGGAUGCACCUGUGCCUGCGGAUCUGCAAUCUGCAUGGGAAGCGUUUUAUAUCGCCCUCCCAUCGCUGGCAGAUAUAUCAAUACCGCGCUGGCUCGACAUAUCGCCGUCUAAUCGUAUUGAGCUCCACGGAUUCUCAGAUGCUUCCAUGAAAGCGUACGCGGCGGUUAUGUACGUCCGCACAGAAUCACCGUCGGGUGUGGUCUCGGUCCACUUACUGACGGCAAAGACACGAAUUGCUCCCGUGAAGCAGCUCACGAUUCCCCGCCUUGAGUUAUGUGGAGCUAUUGUCCACUCCAAUGUUGGACCGACGCGACUAUCGUGCUCGCCUGGCUUAGAGCAACCCAACAACUGGAAGACGUUCGUCGCCAAUCGCGUCGCCGAGGUACAAACCUCGCUUCCCAAGGUUUCGUGGCGUCAUGUACCCGGAGCGGACAAUCCUGCUGAUUUAGCGUCCCGGGGUGUGUCUGCUUCUGAACUCGCAUCGUCCCAUACAUGGUGGCAUGGUCCAUCCUGGUUAUCCUUCGGCCCAUCAAGUUGGCCCUCCGUUGAUCCAACCCUGGACGAUGGUGCGCCCUUAGAGCGAAAGUCAAACGUCCAUCACGCGAACGUUCAACUAAACGGCGACCAUCAACCUUUUCAAUGCUUUUCAAGCUGGCCACGCAUGUGUCGGGUUCUUGCCAUCUGCCUGCGGUUUUCCGCACACUGGAGGUCCACAGUCAGGGGCCAAUCGCGCAUCCAAGAGCUUACUUGCGUUGCCAAUCGUAUUUUUUGCCUUUGCCAGGCUACCCCGUUUUGCCGAGAAGUGGCGUUGCUAAAGAAAAACCCGAAAACCGACGAUGGGUCACGCUUCCUGCAACGCGACCAAGCUCUGCCUAAGAGUAGUCCAUUGCGUCGGCUCAACCCGUUCUUGGACGCUGACGGGUUACUAAGGGUAGGUGGACGCUUAUCAUUGUCUCAUAUGGCAUAUGCUGCGAAAUUUCCUAUAAUUUUGCUUCGCGGACAUGUUGCCGUCCUUCUCGCGCGGCAUGCUCAUGAAAGAUGCCUUCACGGUGGCAUCACUUUGACUUUAAGCACGUUGCGUACGCACGUUUGGGUCUUACAAGGUCGCAAAUUGGUGAAAUCGGUGGUCGCCCACUGCGUACCAUGCGCUCGACAACUCGCGAAGGUUCCCGCUCAGAUGAUGGGUUCACUGCCGUCGGCUCGCAUCAAUCGUCCGCUCCGCGCUUUUGUAGAAUGUGGCGUCGACUAUGCUGGACCUGUUCGAACGAGAUUCGCCGGGGGUCGAGGAUCAAAGUCGCAUCUCGCGUAUAUAGCACUUUUUGUGUGCAUGGCUUCACGCGCUGUCCAUUUAGAGGUAGUUAGCGACUACUCCGCCGAUGCCUUUCUUGCGGCAUUUCAGCGUUUUACGUCGCGUCGCGGACUGCCGAGCGUCGUACACAGCGAUCGCGGUACCAAUUUCCAGGGUGCAAACAAGGAACUGCGUGCAGCAUUUCAGGCUGCCAUCGGAUCCGAGACUCUGCGGGCCCGCCUGCUUCAGGAUAAAGUGGAGUGGAAUUUCAUUCCGCCUGCCGCGCCUCAUUUCGGUGGGCUGUGGGAGGCCGGGGUGCGAUCCAUGAAACGACACCUGAAGCGCGUCCUUGAACCUCACACUCCAACCUUCGAAGAACUUGCUACGCUCGUAUGCCGCGUUGAGGCGUGUAUGAAUUCACGCCCACUCGCUCCCUUACAUGAGGACAUUGAGAGUCUCGAGGUCCUGACACCGGCGCAUUUCCUUGUCGGCGGCCCUUUGGUGUCAAUCCCUGCUCCAUUGACAGCGGAUUUUACGCUCUGUCGCUCCGCGCGUUGGAGGCUUUAUCGACAAUUGUUGGAUCACUUUUGGAAGUGUUGGGCACGUGACUAUGUGACGUCGUGCCAGCACCGUUCGAAAUGGUGUAAUCCGGCGAAGCCACUCAGUGUCGGUCAAAUUGUACUGUUGCGGAACGAUAAUCUACCUCCGGCGAAAUGGGAGCUAGCACGCGUCAUCGAAUGUUAUCCGGGCCAUGACGGCCUAAUCCGCGUCGUGAAAAUACGAACUGUCACAUCUGAAUACACUCGGCCAAUCUCUAAACUAGCAAUGUUGCCUAUCAAUAUCGAAGGCGAUCCGUAGCACCUCCCUGCGGUUUUAGAUUUAAGCUUAGGAUGUAAGUUGAACGACAAUGUAUUAGAAUUAAGUGAGUUGCGGUACCGAUACCGCAAGGCGGGCGGUAUGUUGCGCGAUUCUGUCCAAGAAUCGGCUUGUAGCCAAAACGGACAUCGUCGCGCCACCUAAGUACGCGAUCGCACCG